GUGGUUGUUCCAUUCCCAGCACUCAGAAACUGCCAUAGGGAGCUGAUUCAUUAUUUUUCUUCUCUUUCGUAUCAUCUCUCAGUUAGGCACGGGUACCAUCAGCCGGAAGCUUCUCACCGGAAAUAGAACCCAUAUAUAAAGGCUACUCCACCUCCUUGAAGGAUUAAUCUCUCUUUUCGCGCCAGCCCAUGGCGUCCCUUGCUCUAGGGAAAACACUCGGAGCGGUGUAUAUCGGAGCUAUGAUGGCUGCUAUUCUUUUUGGGAUCACCAUCCUGCAAACCGCGAUAUACUACCAAAGAUUCAGGAAGGACUGGUGGGUGUACAGGUACUCCGUGGCGUUACUCUGGAUCCUUGAUGCGCUACACGUCGCGCUGAGUACGCAUGCGCUGUAUUUCUACCUGGUGGAGAAUUUUGGUAAUUUGGAGGUUCUGAAUGAAGUCGUUUGGAGCUUUAAGCUGCAACUAUUAUUCGAUACUUUGACUGUUGUAGGCGUCCAAACCAUAUAUGCCAUACGGCUAUGCAAAUUGGGACGCCACUUUCAUCGGACCGUACCUUUGUUUGUGGUGCUUGUCGUUUGUGGGGGAUAUGUCGCAGGAAUAUGUGUCUGUUACGACGUAUUCGUGAUAACAGGGUUUUCGGAUAUCUCGUCCAUCUCGAGAACUAUCAUCGCGGCCUUCUCUGCAACAACCGCAGUUGAUUUUAUAAUAUCCGCCGUGAUGUGCUACUAUCUUCAAGUGAGCAAGACCGCUGUGCCUAACUAUUCCAGCAUGACCACGACGCUCUUGGUCUUGAUGCGACUCGUCUUAAUUUCGGGACUUGCUACAAGCACAUGCUCGUUAAUUACCCUCAUUACGUUUCUUACAUUACCGAAUUCCCUUGUCUUUCUUGGGUUCAACUUCAUUCUGCCGAAACUGUACAUAAACUCGCUCUUAGCUAUGCUCAAUGCGCGCAAAGAGCUUCGAGAGUUACCUACUGAGAAUUCAUCGGACGGCGAGACGCUCUUGACUGCCCUCAGGUUCAACAAGAAUUUCGGCGAUAGCACGGGAGACCAGACGUCUGGUCGAAUCGGGAGAUGUAGAGCUUGGCACGGCAACCGUGUCGUGAUAAUAUUUUGGACUGUAGGUUUAUAUCAAGGUAUAUCGAGAGGACGUUUUGGUUAUAAUGAAGUACUACGUGAACGAUUGGCCCCGCGUUUUCCUGGAGCUUAGCAGCUUGAGCUCAAGCGAGGUUCACAAAAGCAUCGGACUUGAAGCUUGAAACCGUUACAGCAAUUGAAUCAGAUAAAUUUUGUCUUGAUUCGGAGUCAAGCUAAAGAUGGGUCCCUGCAAUCGAGACGUCA